UGAACGCGUUUUUGUUUUAAUUUAGGUUAAGGAAAAUGGGGAGUGAAGCAGGGAUUGUGAGGAAACCAAGAUUUCUCGGCCUUCAUGGAUUUAGAACAAGCGGAGCGAUUCUCAAGAAACAAAUAGAGACCAAAUGGCCUAAAUCGGUAUUGGAAAAGAUCGAUAUUGUUUACCCAGAUGCGCCUUUUCCAGCUCAGGGGAAAUCCGAUGUCGAAGGGAUCUUCGAUCCUCCUUAUUACGAGUGGUUUCAGUUCAAUAAGGAAUUUACAACUUACACAAAUUUUGACGAAUGUCUUGCUUAUAUCGAAGAUAUUAUAGUUAAACAAGGACCUUUCGAUGGUCUCCUCGGUUUUUCACAGGGAGCCAUCUUGUCGGGCGGUUUGCCUGGAUUACAGGCGAAGGGUGUGGGUCUUACGAAAGUUUCCAAAAUAAAGUAUCUGAUAAUAAUUGGAGGGGCUAAAUUCAGGAACGAAUCAGUGGCAGAAAAGUCUUAUUCUUCUCCAAUUCGAUGCCCAUCAGUUCACUUUUUAGGAGAGAAUGAUUUCCUGAAACCUUAUGGAUUGGAGCUGUUGGAAUCCUUUGUGGAUCCUGUUGUGAUUUGGCAUCCAAAGGGCCACACUAUUCCCAGAUUUGAUGAGGAGGGAUUAGGGAUGAUGCUGAGCUUCCUGCGGAGGAUUGAACAAGAUAUUUUGUCUGAAAAUCAAGAAGAAGAGAUUGUGGUGGAAGCAUAAUGUAGUUGGGGAAACAAAAACUUGUUAUUUCAAAUGCCCAUCUGAGUUUCUAGUU